UCUUCAUAUUUUAAAGCAUGGUGGUGGCUGCAUCAUGUUAUUGGUAUGCUUGUAACCGCUAAGGACUGGGGAGUUUUUCAGUAUAAAAAAAUUAACUAAAUGGAGCUAAGCACAGGCAAAAUCCUUGGCUAAAUCUACACUGAAGCUGUUCACUAAGAAGACAGUGAAUGUUCCUGAGUGGCUAAGUUACAGUUUUGACUCAAAUCUGCUUGAAAAUCUAUGGUAAGACCUAAAAAGAAUAAUGGGCAAUGUUGCACAAUCCAGGUGUGGAAAGCACUUAGAGACUUACCCAGAAAGACUGACUGUAAUCGCUGCCAAAGGUGAUUCUAACAUGAAUUGAAUACUCAUCUAAUCCAGAUAAAUUUGUUUUGUUUUUCAUAAAUGUUUUACAAAUGUUAGAAUUUGUCUUCAACUUUGACAUUAGAGUAUUUUGUGUAAAUAUUUGGGGAAAAAACAAUAAAAUUAAAUCAAUUUUAAUCCCACGUUUCAACACUACAAAAUGUGGAAAAAGGCAAGGGGUGUGAAUACCUUUUUGAAGGCACUGUAUUUCUAUAUUGCAAUUAUGCUGCAUUUUACAGAACAUUUACUAACAUAAAAUGUAGGCUAAUCGGACUUACUUGCACAAAUCUUGAGCAUAGCUGAUAUGGUUGGUGAUGGUAGAAAAUGAAGGGGUCAUGCAAUCUUAUGAAACUUCUACAGUGUAUUUGUGUGUGUGUGUGUGUGUUGGUCAUUUAAGUGGUUUUUGUUUUGUUUUUGUGUAUUUAGCUGAGGGAUGACAUCGCUGCCUAUUGGCGUGGUCCUCUGCCUAACAGGCUGGAUCACUCUCUACAAACUACUGUGUAAUAACAAUGAAAGCCGUGGCUUUGAGUGGAACUGUAGGCUGGUCACACUGCUCCAUGGCAUCCUGGCGGUCUGCAUAACAGCAUACAUAGGCUAUGUGGAAGGACCUUGGCCCUUCACACAUCCAGGCACAAAGAACACCCCCCUUCAGAUCAGUGCUAUGGUCAUUAGCCUGGGCUACUUCAUCUUCGAUAUGGGCUGGUGUGUGUACUUCCGCACAGAGGGCCCGGUGAUGCUGGUCCACCACACGAUGAGCAUCCUGGGUAUCUUGUUGACCCUGAGCUUGGGGGAAUCGGGAAUCGAGUCCUGCGCCGUAAUCUUUGCUAGCGAGAUCACCAACCCCCUGCUGCAAACUCGCUGGUUCCUGAGACAGUUGGGUCGCUAUGAGAGCCUAACAGGGGAGGUGGUGGAUGUUCUGUUUGUGGUGCUAUUUGUGUUCAUGCGCAUAGUGGUUGGCGGGAGGAUGUUGUACUGCGAGCUCAUCUCCCCACGGCCCAGGUUAAUUAUAAAGUGUGGGGGAGUUGCCAUGUAUGUGCUGUCCUGGGUGUUCAUGGUGGACAUUGGUCGUUUCGCCUACCGCAAGAGUCAAUCCAAAUACAGACUCUGGAGAGACCAACACAAAUUGGCAGCAGUUAACGGACAUGUCGGCAAGACCGACUGAAAGACUUCCUUAUCAUUAGAAGAUUAAUAAAAACAUCCAAUGUUUAUACUAAUAGACAACCUUAAUACAUUUAAUGGUUGUGUAAGCAUGGGGUUAAAGUCAACCCAUUCUUUAGGCCUAUAUGGUUAAAUGGGAAUAUGUUGGUAUUUAACUAACACUUGUACAUUUAAAAAAAAAAAAAUUAACAAGUGCAAGAGAAUGAUGCAAAAGCAUCUUCAAAAAUGUACAACUGUAGAAAAAACAAUUGAGAUAUAGUUUGUCUUUUGAAACCAAAGGACCUAGUGCCAAUAUGAUGAACAGAUGUAUUUCACAACCUAUUUACAAUUAACUGUAACCUAAUAGUAUGUUCUUCUAACCUUGUAUCCAGCAAUAAGUUGACUAUUGGGAAAUAGGCACAUAACAUUCCCUAAUCCUCAUAGGUUCGGCAACACUUUUUUGAGGCAGUGAAAUUGAACCAAAACUGUUUCUUUCCUUUUGCAGUAUUUUGUUGUAUGCAGUAGUUUUUCUGCAGAAAUGCAACUUUUUAUAAAUAUUUUGUAAUGUUUUGAGUCAAAUUUUUCUAAUUUGAGUCUUUGUCUAAUUUGAAUUGUAGUACAAUUUAUAAGCCAUUUAAAAACAUUCCAUUUGGUUUUUAGGAAGAGGUUUAUUAACGCUCGCUGAGAUUGCAGUGUUACAUGACACUGGCUUUUAUAUAACAUACAAUUCAGUAAAAAGCUACAUGUUUCUUGUGAUAACUGUCUUUCCAUUUAGCUACAAUAUGGGUUUUUCAUUAAAGCGAACCGCAACAAAUCCGUAACACGUGGAACAAAGUAAUUGUGUAACAUACUGUAAUAGUAUGUUUUUGUGGCAUUCCAUUGCUUGAUUGGGUGUAUAUUAGUCAUUGUAAAUUAGUUUAAAAUAACAAUUGUUGUGUGCAUGGUAUUGCUUAAAAUGUUCCAGUAUGAUGCCAAGUCACAUUUCCCAAUAUUGUAUGCAUUCAUAUUUGAAAUUCACUACUUUUCGAUGAAAUAUUUCAAUCUGGUGCCUCAAUAGUUAGAUACCAUUCCACAUACUGUAUGUCAACAUUCACUACCCCUGUGUCUGUGAUAAAGGAGAAUAAAUAUGUGUGCCUUUGUGACUUUAUACAUGUUCAAAUGUAAUGUUUACUUUUGUGUUUUCAAUAAAUACCCCGAAUACAAAUCUGGUAUA